AGAUCAUUCGAGAUAGAAGUCGUGCGCUGUGUGCGCGGAACGUGUGCGGCGGUAGGGUCGUGCGCGAACAUAGUAAUAAUUAUAUUGAUAUUUUGCUCAAAGCAAAAGAGAAAAACAAAAUGACGCCCGGCAAUGGUUCAUCUCGUCUUGUCGAUCUGCGAUCCGACACAGUGACGCAGCCAAGCGAGGGGUAUAAAAAAGCAAUGUGUGAAGCCAUCACGGGUGAUGACGUAUGGAACGAUUGCCCAACUGCAACCGGCUUCGAAAAAUUCAUGACUGAAGUUACGACUGCCCACACUGUUUUUUACUUAUAAUAUGGUGCUUGUGUAAUUAUGUUGCGGACCGACUUUUUGACUCAUGCUGCUAAAGGUUUUAUACGUCUUAAAGUAUAAUAUACUGCUUAGGGGAGAGUUUUCAGCUUCCUCUGGUAUCGAUGAACAAAACAGAGGCCUAGCACAAUGGAUACUUCAAGUAAAUCUAAAUCUUUUCAUCUAAUGCGAAAUGUGGUUGGGCAAGCAGUGGAGGAGGUGCAGUUUUCCUGCCAACUGCUUGUCAGGGUAACCUGUGUGCGAUCCUUGCGCACUGCCAGCGAGGCGACGAGUGCAUCGUGGGCGAGCACGGCCAUUCUUUCUUUUACGAAUGCGGGAGCGUUUCCAGCUUAGCAGGCGUGCAGAUGUAUCCUCUGGAUAUGGAUGGUGGAGAAUACAAUCUGGUAAAGCUAGAACAGACGAUCCGACCUUACAACGUGCACUUUCCCAGGACUCGAUGCAUUCUGGUCGAGAACUCACAUGUCGGCGAUGCUACCGAUUUAGGCUACUACAAGCAAUUGCGAAAGUUGGUGGAUCGCCUGAACAGCAAACGGCCGGAAGCAGACGCAAUGAGGAUUCACUGCGACGGAGCCAGAAUUGUCAACGCGUGUGCAAAAUUCGGCUUCGAGCUGAAAGAGUUCUGCCAGUACGUCGACUCGAUCACCAUCUGCUAUUAUGAUGCAUGUGUCAUUUAGUUUUAGAAAAAUCCCAGUGACCUAAUCCUAAAGAGAUUUGAUCGGUAUUAUGCUAGUUCUGACGUGCUACCCAGCACGGGGUUUCUAACUACUGUCAGUUAUACUGUCACCACUUCAAAAGCUAACUUACUUUCGUCUAAUCCGCCAGUAAAGGUCUAGGCGCUGCUGCUGGGGCCAUCCUCUGCAGUAGGUUGCCUGGUUUUGCCGAUAUGGCAAGAAGAUGGAGAAAGGCGACGGGUGGUGGAAUGAGACAGGGAGCAGGAAUGCUCUCCGCAGGCUGUGAAUACGUCUGGAACCACAAUCGCAAGCGACUGCUCGAAGACCACCAAAACGCAAGGUACGUGUACCAACUCAUCGCGCUCGGACAAGGGAAUAAUGUUAUGAUUGAAGAGCAGAAUCGAUAAUUUUUUGCUUUCGAAUAUAGAACAGAAUUUUCAAGUCAAUUGUAUGUCAAGACAGGACUAAUGAAUAGAUUUUUUUCUCAUCGAGCCUUUUCUUCUCGGGAGCUUCUAAACAAUGGACUGACGUUCUGGCAAAGUGCAAGGGCAAGAUGAGUGCGGAGUACGAUGAGGUGAAGGGAACAAAUAUGGUUUUUCUCGUUUUCGUAUCGUCGUCGCUGCGUUCUGAAAAGGAGAAGUUGGACCGCGAAGUAGCUAAGGCGGUAGAAGCAGGCGACGCAGGACUUGCUGCAGUUCUGAAGCAGGAGGCAUGGAAUAGGAUGUCUGCGCAUUUCGAACUGACUGUGAAAAAGAACAACUUCAUCAUUGACAGCGGGAAAUCAAAGAGGGGAACUACGCGACUGGUCCUCCACAUGGACGUCACAAAAGCAGACAUCGAAAAUUUUGCUGCAUUGGUGGGCGCUUUUUGUGAGGAGACGCUGUAGUCUACGUGGGCUGUCCUAUUGUUGUUCGAGGAGCAAUAACCGACUACGUCGAAAACAAGAACAACGAAAGGAGAGAGCGGUUGUCGAGGGUUUCACCGCGAACUUGGUCGUUUCAAGCUCGUGUCUAGUAGAGGCGGGCGAAAUUUGGGCAAGGAUCCAAGAAGAACAUCCUCAUACCUAACGCUUUACUACCAGAUACUGACUAUGAAUGCUCUAGUGAGCACACCCGCACCAACGGAAAUUACCGCGCUAUUUUUUAAAGUUGCCUGUGAAAAAGAAUACUUCUUGGAAAAAUGAUGAUUCGAGAG